GAUACAUGAGUGAAACUGUCUUUAAACCUGAGGCACUGCAAAAAUACUACAUAAAUAAAAUCCUGUUAUUAAGGCUGCUGCUAAAAUAGAAAAAUUGGUUUCCACACAAUAACUUUAGUUUGCAUUGAAAAACCAAGGUUGUAUAUGGGGUCAUUGGGGUCAAGUUUAAGGUCAAGAUAACUUAUUUAAUCUUCGCACUUAGAAAAUUCCACGGUGGCGCAGUGGUCUAGAGCGUUAGACCAAACCUACUUUUUAGUCAGUGGAACGGAAUGGCGACUGAGAUAAAAAAAACAACAUUUUUUUUUUCUUUUUGUGUGAUAUAAAUGUCAUUUUAAUGCCAUUUGGUCAAGGUCAAGGUCACAAUUACCAAAAAUAUAUUUUUUCUCUAUUUUUUUUUUCUAAAUGUGAUCAUCAAAAAGCUGGUUUCCGCUUUAUAAUUUUAGUUUGGACAUACUUACUGCCACCAAACUUUGUGUACAGCAAGCUUAUCUGAAAAAAUAGCUUUAAAUGAUAUUUGGGGUCACUGUUACUAAAAAUAGAAAAAUGGCUUCCACUCAAUAACUUUAGUUUUAGUAUACUUGGUGUGUAGAUAGUUUUUAUCAAACACAAAAAUGUUGGGAAUGUAUUUGAGGUCACUUGGAUCAGGGUCAAAGUCAAUUUAGCUAAAAAUAGGAAAAUGGGGUUAUAUUUGAAAUAGAAAAUAUAUUUUUGUGCUGUGGAAUGGAAUGGUGUCGGAUCAAAUCUCACUGAGAUCCAAUUUUUUUUCGUUAUUUUUGGUGACAAAAAGGUCAUUUUAAUGCCAUUGGAAAACUAAGGAUAGAAAAAUAUGGUCAUACUUAUAAUUAAAAAUAGAUUUUUUUUUUCAGUUUGAUCAUCAAAAAGCUGGUUUCGAGUUUAUAACUUUCAAGAACUGACUUUGAAUUGUAUUUUGGGUCACUGUUACUAAAAAUAGAAAAAUGGUUUAUGCUAAGAACCUGAUGGCGUGAUGCAAUUGAAAACCUGGUUUUCGUGAAAUUUCCACGUUUCUUGUUUUAUUUUAUAUUUUAAUCUUGCGUCUUCUGACACUUUAAAUAUGUAUUGUCCGUGGUUUCAAUACAUGAAAGAAUGGCAAAGGUUUUCAGAACAACAUCCUGAACAGAUACUGAAUCUUUUCUUCGAAGACCUAAAAGAGGAUCCUGUUAGAGAAAUUAAGAAAAUCAACAGUUUUCUUGAGACAGGAAGAAGUGAAGAUUUAAUCAAAAGGAUUGCUGAAGCUUGUGACUUUAAGAACUUAAAGAAAGCUGAUGCAGAUAUCAAGCUUGCAGAAUUUUUCAUGGACAAGAAAAAGAGGUCAAAUUUGUACAGGAAAGGAGAAGUUGGAGACUGGAAGAAUCACUACACAGUUGCACAGAAUGAAAGGAUGAACGAGUGGCUUGAGGAAAAUUUCACAGAUACGGAUCUUAAGUUUAGAUAUAAAUUGUGAAAAUUGAAACACUUAUUGUUAAUUUAAACAAUAUAAAAUUACAGAUUGUAUGUGAAUAUUUCUAAAGAUUGUGUAAUUAAAACUGACUGCUUUGUUUGCUUUGGGCUAAGCGCCGUUUUUCAACAGUAAUGUUUCUGAAUUCUGUACCAGUACUAACCUGUUCUUUGCAAGUAACUCCUAACUUUUCAAAAUUAUAUCGAGCUAGAUGAUCAAUGAUUUCAGAAACGAUCGCCACAGAGAACAUACGCCUUGCCCCGGGAUCGAACUCGUGACCCAAAGAUAGUUAGAUCUGCACUUUUCAUAUCUAAUUAUGUUGGCGGACCAAACUGACUAUAAAUUACAAAGAAAGACAUGAAAAUCUAUUUUAAAACCUUGCAAAAUGAAAUAUUUGCAUGCUAUACUGCACUUUAGUAAUUUCUGAUAGUAUGUCUAACCUAUUCAAGCGAUUUUUUUUUUACUUUGUUUUACAGCAAGAUAUUUUGCAAUGUUUAAUGAUGAUUAAACACAAGAGACACUUCAUAUUUACAAAAUUAAUACUAUUUUGUCGACAUGUUAUUUUAUAUCAACAUUUUACAUAUAUUAUACAUACCCUAGAGGAUAUUUGUUUCAACAUUGUAUGAUAUGUUUAAUCUGGUAUAAACAAGUAAAUGAUA